AAGCUGGGACCCAGCGCUGGGCGCCAAUUAACACCCACUCCCCGUCGCUGGUACCAUGGAGGCGGCGGCAUGUACGGAAAUCGAACCGGAGGAUGGCGACAGCAGCUGCGAGGAUGUGUGUUUCAUGGACAAAGGCCUGCACAGUAUAUCAGAGUUAUCUUUAGAUUCAUCCCUUCAUGCCAUCAAUUUGCAUUGUAAUAACAUCUCCAAGAUCACAUCCAUUGACCACAUUUGGAACCUGCGACAUUUGGAUCUGUCAUCUAAUCAAAUAAGUCAAAUUGAAGGCCUGAACACACUAACAAAGCUAUGCACUUUAAACUUGUCCUGCAAUUUGAUCACAAGAGUGGAAGGACUCGAAGCACUGGUAAAUCUGACUAGACUGAAUUUGUCUUAUAAUCACAUAAGUGAUCUCAGCGGGUUGAUCCCCCUUCAUGGACUAAAGUAUAAACUUAGAUAUAUUGACCUACAUAGUAAUUAUAUAGAUAGCAUCCAUCACUUACUUCAGUGUACAGUAGGAUUACACUUCCUAACCAAUCUUAUUUUAGAGAAAGAUGGAGAAGGUAAUCCUAUCUGUCUUGUACCAGGGUACCGAGCAAUCAUUCUCCAGACUUUACCACAGCUGAGAAUCUUAGACUGCAAGAAUAUAUUUGGUGAGCCAGUAAGUUUGGAAGAGAUGAACUCAUCGCACCUACAGUGCUUCGAAGGUCUUCUGGAUAAUUUAGUUUCUUCUGAUUCCCCCCUGAAUAUAAGUGAAGAUGAGGUCGUUGAUAAUAUGUCAGCACCACCAAUAGAUGUGUUGCCUCCUUUGGAGGAAUUUACAAGUACACCAGAAGAAAAUGUUUUGACCUCACUUUUAUCUGCGUGUUCAUCUGAACCAGAAAAAAUUAAUCAUGAAAACAAUUUUCAAAAUGAGAUGAAACUUCAGAAAUUAGAUGAUCAAAUCCUACAGCUGCUCAACGAAACUAAUAAUUCCUUAAUAGAUAAUGUUCCUGAGAAAGACCUCAGACCAAAAAGAGACACAGAUAUAACUUCUGAAAGUGACUAUGGAAACAGAAAAGAGUGCAGCAGAAAAGUUUCCAGAAGAACAAAAAUCCCAUACUAUACCAGAACUAUUCAAAGUAUUAAGCACCACAAUAAAAACAAUGGUGCUUUUGUAAGUUGUAAUCGUAAAAUGAGACAGCCUUACUUGAGAGAUUUAUAUGUAAGAUCAUCGUUAGUAAACUGUAAUAACUUAAGAGAAGUAGAUGAGCAGAAGAAUGGCAUGAUUAAAGUAGACAAAAGUGCUUCGAACGACAACACUUACCGGUCCCUUGUGGAACAGUUAGACCAAGAGAGAGAGAUGAGGUGGAAAGCGGAGCAAACGGAAAAGAAACUUAUGGACUAUAUUGAUGAGCUACAUAAGCAAGCAAAUGAGAAGAAAGAUGUUCACAGCCAGGCAAUCAUUACCACAGAUAGGCUAAAGGAUGCUAUUUUCAAGGAGAGGCAUUGCAAGGCUCAACUUGAAGUUAUAGUUCACAGACUUCAAAAUGAAAUUAAAAAACUAACUAUUGAAUUAAUGAAAGCACGAGAUCAACAGGAAGAUCACAUCAGACACUUGAGAACUCUGGAAAGAGCAUUGGAAAAAAUGGAGAAGCAAAAAGCACAGCAGCAGCAGGCACAGAUGAGACUGAUCCAAGAGGUGGAGCUCAAAGCCUCGGCUGCUGAUCGAGAAAUAAACUUACUUCGAACCUCUCUUCGCCAAGAAAAGGAGCAAGUACAACAACUUCAUGACCUUCUGGCACUGAAAGAACAGGAGCACAGACAAGAAAUUGAAACUCGGGAGUUUUUCAAUGAUGCUGAGUUCCAGGAUGCAUUAACUAAACGAUUGUCCAAAGAAGAAAGAAAACAUGAGCAAGAAGUAAAAGAAUACCAAGAAAAAAUUAAUAUAUUAAACCAGCAGUAUUUGGAUUUAGAAAAUGAAUUCCGUAUUGCUUUAACUGUUGAAGCUAGAAGAUUUAAAGAUGUUCAAGAUGGCUUUGAAGAUGUCGCAACUGAAUUAGCGAAGAGUAAACAUGCUCUUAUUUGGGCUCAACGUAAAGAAAAUGAGUCUUCCUCUUUAAUUAAAGAUCUGACCUCUAUGGUGAAGGAACAAAAGACAAAACUCUCAGAAGUCUGCAAAUUGAAGCAGGAAGCAGCAGCAAAUUUACAGAAUCAAAUCAACACUCUUGAAAUUUUGAUUGAAGAUGACAAGCAAAAGAGCAUUCAAAUAGAACUUCUCAAACAUGAGAAAAACCAGCUCAUUUCUGAGCUGGCAGCCAAAGAGUCGCUGAUUUAUGGCUUAAGGACCGAGAGAAAAGUAUGGGGACACGAACUGGCAUACCAGGGCACAUCACUAUCCCAGAGUCGUGGGAAACUAGAAGCUCAAAUAGAAAGUUUAUGCAGAGAAAAUGAGUCUCUGAGAAAAACCCAUGAAAGUGACUGUGAUGCCUUGAGAAUAAAGUGCAAGAUCAUCGAGGAUCAAACUGAAACCAUCCGGAAACUAAAAGAUGGUUUACAAGAAAAAGAUGGGCAAAUCAAAAUGCUACAAGAACAAAUCACCAUCAUAGAAAAAUGUUCUCAAGAGCAACUUAAUGAAAAGACUUCACAACUAGAUUCUAUAGUUGAGAAACUGGAGAGACAUAAUGAAAGAAAGGAAAAACUAAAGCAACAGUUGAAGGCAAAGGAAUUAGAACUUGAAGAAAUCAGAAAAGCUUACAGCACACUAAAUAAGAAAUGGCAUGACAAAGGAGAACUACUCUCUAAUCUUGAAACACAAGUAAAAGAAGUAAAAGAAAAAUUUGAAAACAAGGAAAAGAAACUGAGAGCAGAGAGAGACAGAAGCCUUGAGCUACAAAAGGAUGCAGUAGAAAAGCUUCAGAACAUGGAUGAUGCCUUUAAAAGACAAGUUGAUGCAAUUGUUGAAGCACAUCAAACUGAAAUAACACAACUAGCAAACGAGAAGCAGAGAUAUAUUGAGUGUGCAAAUUUAAAGGUUCAACAGAUUGAAGACGAAAUGCGAGGACUUCUGGAAGAAACAUGCAAGAACAAAAAAUUGAUGGAGGAAAAAAUUAAGCAACUUGCUUGUGCUAUAAGUGACAUACAGAAAGAAAUGUGAUGUUUAGUUGAAAUGGACCAACAGACCUAUUGUAAAAAUGAUUAAAUAUUGUAACAGUAGUAUCUGCUAUGUCUCUUUCUACACAUUUCAUUAUGAAUAUAUUUUAAGAGACUUGAUGAAAUAUUGUAUAUGUGGGGUUUUUAUAAUAAAGCAUUAUCAAUUAUGUUUAUUAGAUGGACCUAUCAUAAUAACUAGACUUAAAGCACUUUUCUUGUCUCUGUGCUGUACCUUGUUGAUAAUUACUCACUUACAGAUUUGUAAAGGAAUGUUACAAUUUGACUAUAGGAAAGAUACGAAAAUAAUCAUUGUUGAGUUGUUCUAAUGCAGAACUACUUGUAUUUACAGGUUAUCCUUUAGUAAAUGCAACUCCCUUCUUCUAAAGUGUCUGUAAGAUGUAAG